AAGAGAAUUGAGAUUUUGAAUCUUGAUUUUUUCUAUUUCCAUCAGAACCCGGCUUUCAAUUCUUUACUACUGCUGCUACUCUUCCAGCCGUUGCUACUAUUUGAGUAUUUAUGUACUAAUUAUGUUUGUCUUUUAAUUCAUGGGCUGUGGCACUGUUGGGUGUAUUAGGUUGCUGAGAAAAUGAGGGAAAAGAAGAGAUAUAAGGUUACUACUCAGCGUUGUAGUGCACCCACUUCAGCAACCUCUGUGACAGAUCAUGGGCUGGAUGUCACUGAAUCUCCUAUAUUGCAGAUAUUUGGAAGGGAAGUAGCAAUAAAAUCCUUGACUUCAAGAAAUCUUAAAGGAUUCUUGACUAACAUUUUGGCUUUUGAGGAUGUUACAAAUGCAAAAAGGCCACUGAUUGCUGUAUCUGCACUUUCAUGUGGAGUAGCCUCGUGGUUGACUUCUGCACAAGUUGCACACUCAAGUGAAGAUGUCAAAAUGAAUGUAGUCUACGAGGUUGGGGAGUUGUUUGAAUUGGGGAUUCAGCUUUCUUACCUUCUUUUACUGUUAGGUUUGAUUGGAGUUGGAACCUUUUUUGUGAUUCGUCAAGUCCUUGUUCGUAGAGAACUUGACCUUUCUGCUAAAGAAUUGCAAGAGCAAGUAAGAAGUGGUGAUGCCAGUGCAACUGAACUGUUUGAACUUGGAGCAGUGAUGUUGCGGAGGAAAUUUUAUCCAGCUGCUACUAAAUUCUUGCUUCAGGCAAUUGAGAAAUGGGAUGGAGAUGAUCAAGAUCUUGCCCAGGUUUACAACGCACUUGGUGUCAGUUAUGUUCGUGAUGGGAAGCUUGAAAAGGGAAUCACUCAGUUUGAGAAUGCUGUGAAACUUCAACCAGGCUAUGUCACAGCCUGGAACAACCUUGGUGAUGCUUAUGAGAAGAAGAAAGACUUAAAGUCUGCUCUUAAGGCAUUUGAAGAAGUGCUUCUUUUCGAUCCUAACAAUAAGGUGGCACGACCUCGAAGAGAUGCGUUGAAGGAUCGUGUUCAAUUGUACAAAGGAGUAGUUCCCACUCAACCAAAGGAGAGAUGAUUUAUGAUUUGCACAGCAUUAUGUGUUAGCUCUCACACAGUGAUCUAGAAUUUUGACCAUUUAUUUCUGAGGUUUUUUUUCCUUCUUGUGAGAGCACUAACUAACAGCCUUGAGAACUUGGCUCAGUUUGGCUUGACAGGGGCUCUGGAUGGCAAAUAAAUUCUAGAUGUUCCAUGUGUUUUCUGAGGCUUUCAUUGGAUGCUGCACUGAGUCUGCUUCACCCAACACUAGACACCCUAAGGUUCCUGAUAAAAUGCUGAAUCCUUGCCUUAUCUUUCUUUACUCCUAACUCCUCUCCUCUGUUGUGCUGCCCUUAGUAAAUAUACCCUUGAACAACAACUACUCACACUGCUCUUUCUACUGCUUCAAUUCUGAUAUCCUUUGAUUGGCUAUGUCAUGGUUGACUUGGACAAGAAGUGAUGAUUUUUCAUGGUCUAAAUCUUUCAAAAUUUCUGUA